AACACAAUGACAAGACUGAGGCAUAAUCUUCUAUUGUGAUGUUGGAAACACCAAGUGUGGUACAUUGUCAACAAGGUCGCAUGAGAAGGAAUAGACAGAGACGUCGAUACUGAGAUUACUACUACUACUCCCACAGCAACCAGUCAACCAGCCAACAAACAUGGGAAUCUGUAAGGUGAUCCUGGUCUCCCUCUUGCUGCUUCACUUCGCCGUGUGGAAUUUUGCCAACUCCAGUUGCCCCUCCCCCUGCACGUGCUCCACUAUAAACGAGGUGGACUGCGGUAACAAGAACCUACAGGAGAUCCCCGAACCCCUCCCCACGGAAAGCGAGAGACUUUACCUCCAGAGGAACAAGCUAACGGAACUGGCGAACGACCAGUUCGUGACAGUCACUAGGUUAGAAGCGCUGGAUCUUUCGUACAACGCCAUCAGCGAUAUCAAACCUGGGGCUUUCAACGGGCUGACCAACCUCAAGUUUUUGCUGCUUCCUGGGAACCAGCUGGACGCCGCUCCCAGGAAGGCACUGAAAGGGUUGAGCAACCUGCAGAGACUCUAUCUCUAUGACAACAAGAUCCAGAUGGUCCAGGACGCCAGUUUUAGGAACAACGACAAGCUCGAACAGCUCCUUCUAUCGAACAAUGAGAUCGGUUACAUCACUCCCGACGCUUUUGACGGGAUGAACAGUUUGCAGAUCUUGCAUCUGUAUUACAACAAGCUCGAAAAUGUACCGUGGCAGUCGUUGCGUGGUUUAACCAGUCUGGUGGAAUUGAAUCUUCACAGCAACCUGAUUCUGGCGGUACCUGCCAACAGUUUCUCGGAUUUGCGUGAGCUGCAGAACCUGUACUUAAACAGCAAUAAGAUUGUGUACAUCUCACCUUCGGCUUUCGCGGGGCUAGAGAAUUUAAAGAUUCUCGGUUUGGAUUCUAACCAAUUGGAGAGCGUGCCAUGCCAGGCCAUACAGAGGCUGCGUACUCUUCGUUCUUUGUACCUACAGACCAAUAAGAUCACGGAGCUACCUGCGGAGUGUUUCGCGGAGUUGAACGACCUCCGCUGGUUGAGGUUGGACGGGAACCGGAUUCACUACGCGGCCGAGACCAGUCUGCGCGGACUGACCAGCUUGAUGGAGUUACAGUUGCAGCAGAACAACCUCUCGGCCAUCCAGGGGGUCGCCUUUACGUUCACGCCGAAUCUCCAGAUUCUCUACUUACAGGAUAACCCCAUACGGAAUAUCACCGUCAACCACUUCCGAUCCCUGCCGCAUCUGAGCGAGUUGUACAUCGGGCCGGUCACCAACAUCGCGCCGACCGCCUUCCUGACCUUCCGUAACCUCACCAAGCUCUGGGUGACCGAGAGUAACCUCCACGAGGUCCCCAUCAAAGCUCUGAUGCAUCUGACGAAUCUAGAACAACUGGAUCUCUCGCGUAACCCGAUCCACGUGAUCGAGACCAACACGUUCCUAAACCUGACCAAGCUGAAGCACCUGAUUCUGAACCACAUGAAGCUUGAGACGGUCCAGGAAGGUGCUUUCAGCGGUUUAGGGCUGUUGGAGAUACUAGAGAUGCGGGAUAACAGGUUACAAACGUUACCGGUGAAUCUGUUCUCUGCGCUAACCUCGCUACAGAUAAUAGAGCUAUGGGAGAACCGGUGGAGGUGUGACUGUAACCUCCGCUGGCUGAAAGAGUGGUCAGAGUCGGAGUACCACUUCUUCUACAACAACAUGGCUUUCCGGGUCAAGUGUAACACUCCUGAUCACAUGAGGGAUAAGUAUUUCGCGGAACUUGCUCCCGAUGAUUUUAUGUGCGUAAAACCGUCGAUGUAUACGCUGAGCUUUAACAUCACUGUGGACGAGUGGACAAACGCGGUGCUUCCGUGUAACGCAAGCGGAUUCCCUCCGCCUACUGGUAUGUGGAUUACGUCCAACAACACGCGGUAUAGACAAGACGUGGUUGGGCCUGGAGAUCGCAUCUUUGUCGGGAAAGACAACGUUUUGAAUAUAACGGUCGCCAGAAGGUUUGAUAGCGGUUCGUACACUUGUAACGCGUCCAACCCUGUGGGAAGCGUGAAUGUGACGAUUCAUCUGAAGGUGAACGAGAAAGAACGAGAGGUGACGACGCCGCUGAUCAGUACCACGGAUACCACCACGCGGAGAGAGGAGACCACGACGGAUUGUGACAGCACCACGCGCGGAAAACCUAUGCAACCUUCGGAGGAGCGCGUAAGGACUACCAUUCCGGCUCCUCCUACCACUAUGAUCCGCCCGGAUAGUCUGAAGGACCCUCACGAGGAUCUAAAAACAACGUUAGCACUCAUAGGCAGCAACGUGGCGACCAUGCUCGGCACUUUCAUGAUCUUUUGUUUGCUACUGCUCUGCAUCAGGGGCUGGAAGAGGAGGAGAAAAAUCCGCAAGCUGACCAAGGAUUUAACCUACGAGAACGACCACGCGUACAACCUGGACAAGCUGAUCCCCAUGAACGAUAUCUGCACACAGACGAAUAAACUAAGCGUCAUUAUUCCUCCAGAGAGGGAGCUGGACCAUAUACCCAACCACAUACCCAAGUGUGUCACGUUCGCGCCGCCCGACCACUGCAGAGAGGACGGCGGCUGCACGAUAUCUAACCCGUCCACGGAGAAUGGAGAGGGGGAGGGGGAGUCCAGUACGUGGCUCUGAUGGGAAGGGGGUGGGGGGCUUUGCAAGGGGUUGGGACCGCAUGGGUGGGGAAUUGAGGAAAAGAGGGAGAGUCUUGACGGGUGCUCUUCAUGGAGUAUCCACUUGUUGCAAACACCUCUUUGUAUCAAAGACUGUACCACUGUCGGCGUGUUACUCUAAUCCCGAACUGUACUUCGACUUUGUGCUACAAAUACGAACGAUUUUGUCACAGAAUCAUUGAAAUUGAAAAAAAAAAAACGUAAAUCUGAAAUUCACAGAUUUUUGUAUUUUUGACCUCGUACUUCGUAGAAUGAACAGAUUGUACUGAAACUCUCAAUCAAAAGGAGCGCUUUUGAGUUGUACAAAGACAAAGUACAGUUUGGUUCUUGCAAGAGAAUUUUGUACAAAUCAGGGUAUAAAGUAUUAGAAUUCGAAAAAAAAUGUACAGUACUUAAACAAAGAUAAAUAUUUCCGACAAUGUUUUCUAUCUCAGUCUCGUUUUUAUUUCCACGCUGCAUGUGUGAUAGCGAAUGGAACAUCUCGUCAUUAUAAACCCAUUUGUAGGAUAAAGAAAAAAA